UUGUUUGAUUCUGAGUUGGUUCAGUUUUGUUUACGUUCAUUUGUUUGAUUUUGAAUUGGUUCUCUUUAUUUUAUCCAUCUGAAAUUCUCAUAUGUUUGACUGGUUCAGUUUUGUUUAUCCAUCUGAAAUUGUGUUUAGUUUUGAAUGAUGCUUGAUUCUUAUUUGUUUCUUUCUUUCACAGCGUGGUAAGUCUAAAAGAGGGUAUAUCUACGGAUUAGGCAGUGUACAAUACCGGGAAAUCAAUCCAUCCGAGAAAGUGGCUGUUGCUAUGACUCGCAACCUUGACAAUGAGAUGCGCAUCUAUGGUUUGGAAAAAAACAAUGAAGCACUCAAGGAAACCAAUGAGGCGCUCAAGGAAAACAUGGUGGAGCUGAAGUCUGGCAUUGGCACGGUAAUGGACGAGCUGGCUACAACCCGACUUGCGCUGAAUGCGAUUAUGCAGUCUCUGGGAAUUCAACUUGUUCCAAGUGACGUUAUGGCUCGUGCUGCUGCUGCUGCUGGUCUCGGUUUUGCUGGUCGUGAUGGUCCUCCUGCUGCUUGUCGUGAUGUCCUCCUGCUGCUGCGUCUGCUGCUGUGUCUGCUGUUGUGUCUCCUACUGCUACGUCUGUCUGCUGUUGUGUCUCCUGCUGCUACUCCGACAGACCUUCCUACAAGAACACAACAAGGCAACUUAGAUGCUUGGUGUGCUUCAGCAGGUUUAUAAGUUUCUGUUUUUAUGUUUCUUUUGUAUGAAUGGGGUCUUUUGUAUGACUAAAAUUAGCACCCUUUUUGCCUUUUGGUAUUGUAACUUACAAGACUACUAUAAUUAUGUAAUCUAAUCUUCUUACUAGGAUUUAAUGUUAUUUGGAUUUUAAGCUUUUCA